AUUUCUGCUCAGCCUGAUGUGUAAAAGUUUGGUCCACUGAGUCAUGCAGCCCUUCAGAUAGCAGCGCGAGCCAGCCAGCUGCUAUUUAAGCACCACACCCAGUCCUGUCCUGGACCAGAACGGAGCUGCUCGCUGCUGCUGCUGCUGCUGCCCGAAGGUGAAUCCAUCAUGGCUCUGGUGUCGGAGUUCCUCAGCCAGCUGACGCUGUCCUACGGAGGAGAAGCUGAGCCCAAGUUUCCCACCGUGGUUCCGGUCCGAGACUUCGACCCGGCGAAGGAUGCUGCCCGGCUGGAGACGGCCAUCAAAACCAAAGGCGUGGACGAGCAGACGAUCAUCGACAUCCUGACCAGACGGAGCUACGAGCAGCGCCGACAGAUCGCCUUCGAGUACGAGCGGAUCAGCAGGAAGGACCUGCCCGGGGCCCUGAAGGCGGCGCUGUCCGGCUCCCUGGAGGCCCUGAUGCUGGGUCUGAUGAAGAGCACGUCUCAGUACGACGCCUCCGAGCUCAGAGCCUCCAUCAAGGGGCUCGGAACCGACGAGGAAACGCUGAUCGAGUUGGUUUGUUCCAGAAACAACGAGGAGCUGAUGGAGAUCAAGAAGGUUUACAAAGAAAUGUUUAAGAAGGAGCUGGACAAAGACGUCGCCGGAGACACGUCGGGAAACUUCGCUAAGCUGCUGCUGGCUCUGGUUCAGACGAGAAGAGACGACCCGUCCAACGUGGUCGACUAUCAGAAGAUCGACGAAGACGCCAGACUGCUGUAUGAAGCCGGCGUGAAGAGGAAGGGAACCGACGUGGCCUCAUGGAUCAGCAUCAUGUCCCAGAGGAGCGUCCCCCACCUGCAGAAAGUGUUUGAGCGCUACAAGAGCUACAGCCCCUACGACAUCCAGGAGAGCAUCAGGAAGGAGGUGAAGGGCGACCUGGAGAAGUCCUUCCUCACGCUGGUCGAGUGCUUUGAAAACAGGCAGCUUUACUUCGCCAACAGACUCCAAGAAGCCAUGAAGAGUAAAGGCGCGAAGGAGAAGGUGGUGACCAGGAUCAUGGUGUCUCGCUGUGAAGUGGACCUGAUGAAGAUCAGGACAGAGUUCAAGAGGCAGCACAAGAAGUCGCUUUACCAGACGAUCGCUGAGCACACGAAGGGCGACUACCAGAAGGCCCUGCUCAGCCUGUGUGGAGGCGACGACUGAAACCUCCCCCGUAUGGACUCCGUUUCCCAGAAGGCCGCGGGUCCACCUGUCAGCUGACCUCGUCUCAGUAUUACUGCAAAACAAACGUCUCGUCUGCCUGAACAGCUUCAGUCUGUCAAAUAAAACUUGUGCUGGAA